AUUAGAGGCUCUGAGUGUCUGACCCAGAUAUCAUACAUGUAUAUUUAUUGUCUUAGUAAGCCGCUGAUUGCUGUUGUUCGUUUACUUGAUCUUCAAUGAGCUACUCUUACCAACUAUAAACUGAUCAUCAAUUACUGAUACGCAGCAGAGAAACGGAAGGCUUCAUCAUGCACUGUGUGACAGAGACACUGAGUCAUUUCGUCUCAACACUUGAUGCAAUUACAUAAAAUGACCAGCAUAAAUGGGAAAAUUGGCUCCUUUUCCUUCUCAACAGCAAAGUUCAGCGGAACUGCAGGACAGAAAUAGGAACAUUACAUUUUGCAAUCUGACUUAAUCUUUUUUUUUUUUUUGAUGCAUCAUCCUUCCUUAGUGGGGUCUGCUGCCUGCAGGGUGCCUUGCAGAAGCAUGCUUAGAAGCAGCGCUAAAAGAAGGCCGAAAUGCUUCCUUCCACAUUGAAAGUAUUUAGAGGAAUUGGGACACUUCUGUUUUAUGUGUGCCAGAAACAGUGGUAUUGAAUUGCAAAAGAAAUGAAGUUUAUACUUGGUAAGCAGAUGUCUGGGGAAAGGUUAAAGUUGUGGUGUGGAAUUUCUUUCAGAAAUAUUUGAAAACUCCCGUACAUGUGCAAAGUAACAUCUGUUUUAUUUCCUAUAUUUGGCAGCGGUGGCUCAAAUCCAGCUGCAUGAUUUGGUUCAGUGUUGUCCAACUUUGAUAAUCAUUUUUAAGAAAAUAUAAUCUCUCAAACGUGAUUUUAGCUUGCAGCACAUUAACUCCUGUGUCUGUUCCAGAUGCCCAGUUGGCGUGCUGUUUUCCUUCUUUGGUGCAUAAUGAGCUGCGUGGAAUCUGCUCCUACAUCACCAUUUGUCCAGAAAAAUAAAUACAAGAACUCAUUUCGUCUCACAAGAUCCACGCGAACCAGGGUGCAGAACCUUCUGAAGAAAUAUAAGGAGCAGCAGAUGGGAAACGUACAUUUUGAGGACCGAAGCCACCGCUUGAGAGAUCUGCCUUUGCUUUCCACAGACUUCAACAACUGGCUUCAGCUGUCGGACUGGGACCGUCUAGACGGAGCGUUCAGGGACAUCCAGUCCUACUGGAGCAUGCUGGAGAGGAAGAGGAAGCAGCUGGAGAAGGAGCAGAACACGCACAGGACGGCAGCCGGUUUGCUUCAGAGCGUCAAACACAUUCAGCUGGACUUACGGGACCUGAUGAACCAAGUCAGCAGUCAGAUGAGAGCCGUAAGGAGUUCCUGGGUCAGACCGACACCUGCUGCAACGCUCCAGAACCGACAGAGGAGCUCCAGAACCAUGUGGGAAAGCAGAGUGGAGGGUUACAUCAUUCUCAGGGACCUAGACCUUUACCUCACCAAACUAGCAAGGGACUUUCUUCUGCUGGCCUCCAAGACACACUUGUGACACAAAACGACUGCUUAGAUAGAAGACUUAGGGCAAAAGCUGAACCAUCAGCCCUCCAGCUAUGGGAUUAACAGCUGUAUAACAUUAAUCUCAACAUUGGAUUACAUUUUUUUUCAAUGAUGUACUUCUGAAUAUCCCAGGGCUUUUUGGGGUAUUUCCCAAAGUUUCUAUCUUUCCUCUAAUUGGAUGUUAGCAGACGUCCCAACAUCCUGUUUUUCCACCACCUCCUCAAUCUUCAGGACUUUCCAAAGAAGUAUUUGCUAUUUAUUAUUAUAUUUAUUAAUGUGCUAUUUAUUUUUAAAGUGGUUUAUUUGAACAUGUCAUGAGCAGAGAAAUAGUGUUUUACAGAGAGUAUU